AUGGAGUGUCAAACUGAAAAUUCAACGAAAGCAAAUUGCAACACAGAGGAAGAAGCAUAUUUACAGCUUAUAAAAGAUAUUAUCAACAGAGGAAGCAAACGGCUUGAUCGAACUGGCGUAGGAACUUUAUCAAUAUUUGGAUCUCAAUUGCGUUUUAGUCUUCGCAAUAAUGCCAUGCCCUUAUUGACUACUAAAAAAGUUUUCUUCAGAGGUGUUGCUGAGGAGCUUCUUUGGUUCAUUAGAGGGUCGACAAAUGCUAAAGAAUUGCAAUCAAAAGGUAUCCGAAUCUGGGAUGGUAAUAGCACUCGAGAAUAUUUAGAUUCUUGUGGAUUCAUUGAUAGAGAGGAAGGAGAUUUGGGUCCAGUAUACGGUUUUCAAUGGCGACACUUCGGUGCAAAAUAUAAGACAUGCCAUGACGACUAUACGGGUCAAGGUAUUGACCAACUGACGGAUGUUAUCAAUAAGAUUAAAAAUAACCCCAAUGAUCGGCGAAUUAUAAUGAGCGCUUGGAAUCCAUCAGAUAUACCCAAUAUGGCCUUACCACCAUGCCAUUGCCUGGCACAAUUCUUUGUUGAUAAUGGAGAACUGUCUUGCCAGAUGUACCAGCGUUCUGCAGAUGUGGGUUUAGGUGUACCUUUCAAUAUAGCCAGUUAUUCACUUUUAACCCAUAUGAUUGCCCAUGUCACCGGACUGAAAGCAGGAGAAUUUAUUCAUACCACUGGUGAUACACACAUUUAUAUGAAUCACGUAGAUGCACUGCGUGAACAAAUCGAAAGAAGGCCCGAUGAAUUCCCUAUUAUUCAAUUUAAACGAACAGUAGAAUCAAUUGAUGAUUUUGACUUUGCUGAUUUUCAAAUUAUAAAUUAUAAUCCCCAGUCUGCUAUAAAAAUGCAAAUGGCUGUUUGA